AUGCUUCACGUGUUAACAAAAAAGUCAAAGGGAAAAUCAAGCCAGCGGUCGCAUCGAAGCGAAGCACUUGAGCAUCCCAUCACGAAAUGGGAGCCACUAGAUGUUGAAGUCAAAUCGGCCACCCCCGACGUUCGCCAGCAGCGGAAAUUCCACCAGAGGAAAAGCUCCUCUCGUCCCCUUACAGAUGACAUUCGAAUGGGUGGCUCCAUGCGGACAAGGAGUACGUCUUCGCGUCGGUCGUGUUCAGCCAUGGUGACGUUUGAGUCAAUUCAACCGACCCAGGUGUGGCAGGCCUCUGCCAGUCCGUCCCCUCCAGCUAAUCCUGUCACCACAACAGCAAGGCACAUGAAACCGAAUCGAGCUACCGGCAGCCUGACUCUGUCGAUGAUUACCCGAGCCGCUGCUGAAAACCAGUGGCUUUCUUUGUCAACUGGGGAUGAGGAUGAUCUGAGUGAUAGCAGCGAGGAGGACGCUGAGGAGGCGAGCAAGCGAACGUCAACAUCAACAGCCAAUCCUCCACGAAGCAGUCUCUCCAGCUCUGACACGUCUUCAAGCUUUGAGAUGUCUCGCUCGCCGACUAAGUCCUCUUGUCACCGACGAAGGCAGAAGUCAUCAAGACGGCAUCGGCGAGAUAGUGCAGCGUUUUCUUCAGAGUCGACUUCAAGCGAGUCGAGUUCGAGUAGCUCCUCAAGUGAGGGCGAGAACGAAUUUGACCUCUGUUGGAAAAUGAAGGCUGGUGGGAGUUUGCGGAGUGCGACGCCUAUCCAGUCUACUCCCCAGCUGAAAAGAACCCCUCACCAACACCACCAGUCAAUGGUUGUCCCACCGACAGGUACCCCGCAAGUAAUGACAAAGUUCCCUUCAAAUCACCAAUUCGCGCGACCACAGACACUCAGCAUGAGUGGCACUGCAUUCCCUAGAAUCAUACCUGGAAGAAGUUCUUCAAAAGACCCUCCCUUUGUACAGUCCCUAGCCAGAGCAGUUGAAGACUUCUUUCCGACCUUGGAGUGGAUUGAAAAAUACAAAGUUAUUAGUGUCCACCGCGGCGACCUAUUACGCAUUAUUCCUUACCCGGGCACGAGUCCCGAGAAAACCUCACCAACAACAGGUUGGUUUCUCGUUCAGAAGUGGUGCACAGACCACAGACUCGGAACCGGUCCAAUUGGAUUUGUUCCGCGGAUCAUCUGUUCACUUUCCUGCCCAGAGAGUACUCCGCGCCUACCCCACGUAAGUCCCCGGCACACACAUUCGCAGGACUUCUCCACUAAAACGUCGGAAGUUCCAGUUUUUAUGACAAGCUCAGACGAACUGCGACCGGGCUCAGGUGCACAAAUCAGCAUUACUUCUGCUGUCUGUGACACGGCUUCGGAACCGAUACACACCCAUAGUGCUUUUCCGUCCCCCCAGUUCGAUCUUCACGCACCCCCUGCAACAGCAGUCAAAACCUCCUUCACCUCGAUUCCUGCGGUGUAUGAGAUUGAGGACCGUGAUUCUGGCAGGGGUCCUAGCUCGGGCUCGGAGUGGAGCAGUGGAAAGGGUGGGAGUUUGAGCGGAGCAACAGAUAUUAAUUUAGACGACAAGGAGCAUCCCCAGCCUCCACUGCCAGUCCCUACAACCCGAGCAUCUCCCCAUAAAUGGUCGACAAGCAAUCAACAAAGACGAUCGUCAUUGGAUCAUCCGUCAGCAACGAACUUCGCCUGUCCUGUACCACCACCACCUAUGGCUUUGUUGUCGCACAUAUGUGCUGACGCAUUAGUCGGUAAAAAGACUGCCUCGCCAAAAUCAGACCCUGAAGGUAAUGGAGGUUCGACUCACUCUGCCAUUGCCACAAAAAGUCGACUAUAUGUUCGGGGGUUGUCGGUUUCUAUAGGGGAAAAGCAGGAGCAGCAGCAGACGGGAUCUCGAGGAAGUCCAGCCACGUCCGAAGAGGGUGUGGAAGACGAGGGAGAAAACGGUUCGCCUCCCACGGUUGUGGUCCCAUCGAACUCUGAUCCAACUAGGUGGGAGCCCUACAAAACGAUGAUCCAAGUAGGACAAAACAAGCUGGAGAAAUUCACUCUUGUAUAA